AUGCCACACAGGGAUAUUUACACGUGGACGGCGAUGAUGAACGCAUCCGCGCAAUCCGGACAGCUUCAGCUAUCCACAUUUCUUUUCAACCAGAUGCCGUCCAGGGACAUCGUUCCAUGGACGGUGUUUAUCACUGCACUUGCCAAGACCUGGGAUAUUCCUCGAGCUGGGGAAUUACACCAAAAGAUGCCCCAAUGGAGCAUUUUCUCUUCCACAGCGCUAAUCUCUGCAUACACGGAGAAGGGUUACGUUUCCCAAGCUAGAGAAAUUUUUGAUACUAUGCCAUACAAGACCGUCGUAACAUGGAACGCUAUGGUAACAGCCUAUGCCGCAAACGGGCAUAUUGUUGACGCUAAGUGGGUGUUUGACAGUGCCACGGAGAGGAACGUAGUGACGUGGACUGUCCUCGUGGCGGGACUUGCCGAGUUUGGCCAUGCUGACGAGGCUGCCCGGAUGCUGGAAAAAAUGCCACGUAGAGACACCGUGACUUGGAAUGCCGUGAUGGCAGCAUUUGCCCGCCAAGGGCAUUUAGAUGAAGCACAGAAACUAUUUGAAAAGAUACCCGAGAAGAACACUGCGUCUUACAAUGAGGUUCUGGCAGCAUUGAUCGAGCAAAACCGGAUGGACGAGGCGAAGAGAUUGCUCGAGAGGAUCCCAGAUCCAGACGUGAUCUCAUGGACGACGCUGCUAGCAGGAUUUGCCCGGUUGGGGCAUCUGGGCGAAGCUCAAGCUCUCUUCGAUCGGAUGCCGCUACAAAACGUGGUUUCGUGGACUACCAUGGUCGCGGCCUAUGCCAGAAACGAUCGCGCAAGCGACGCAGUGGAGAUCUUCCAGUCUAUGGAUCUGGAAGGGAUCAAACACGACGAGGUAACGUUCUUGGACAUCCUCACGGCGUGCGCGCAUCUCGGCCUCGUCGAUCAUACCCGGUUCUUCUUCCUGUCAAUGUGCCAGAACCGAGGCAUCGAUCCGCUGCUCCACCACUACCUCUGCGUUGUGGACGCUCUCUCUCGCGCCGGGAGGCUGGGAGAGGCCGAGGAGCUUCUCUGGAGCAUGCCUUUCGAGCCCGAGACCGAGGCGUGGACAACACUGCUGGGAGCUUGCCGGAUCCACGGCGACGCCAAUUGUGGAGCUCGGAUCGGGCUUCUGAUCCUCGAGCUCAAUCGCGAUCGAGAAGCCCAUCGAGGAGCACCUUACAUGCUCCUGUUUGGAAUCCAUGCCGAGGGAACGUAA